ACUUGAGGUUCCCUUUUCUGACGCUUGUUGGCCCAGGAAGAAGCCAAGAACAGCCACCACACGGGUCACGGACAGUGCGACGGAGGAAAGAAGAAGUGGCCCGGCCCUGCAUCCCUGGUACCUGCCUGGACCCGUGGACCUGUCCCCAGCGCUUUACUGCGUGCACAGUAACCCACCAGUGACUGCCCACUUGGCAACCGCACCUGCCUUUUCACACUGACCACCCUCUUACGCCGCUCCAGCUCGAAUACGAGUCUUGUUUUUCUGACCUCCCGCUCGUUCCACUCCAAUGACCACCCCCCUCAAAACCUAUCCCAACUCAUCCUUCACUUCAUAAAAACCAUUCACUCGCUUUUCCCUAUCGUCACCUUUGGUUCCUUCCUCUCGUUCUACUCUGAGUGAUUUCCGCGUCACAAUCAACAAAAAAUCGCCUUUUACCUUUUUUCAACCUACCGGUCGUUCCCGCCCUCCCACCUUGACCCGUGCCGCCCUCCUAUUUUCAUACCCACCCGGCACGUAAGAACUUUCCGAGAAUUCCAGACGAACCGACUCGACUCAUCUCAGAACCCUGUGUCUUCGACACCACCACGAAAGAAUUUGGUUGUCGGCACACAAACGAACGAUUCUUCAAUUUAUCUGGCCGACCGAGAGAACUAUUUCUACAGUCGGCUGACUUGAUAUAUCAUUCUUGAAGCACCACCAGCAUACUGGGAAACUCGUCAUCCACCAAAGUCAUAAUGCAUCCCCAACGCGCUGUUCAGGUCCUCGCCCUCGCCUCGGUCGCUCAGGCGUCAUGGUUCAACUUCAACAAAGCCGAGCCCCGCGAUGGCCUUAUUAAGAGACAGUCAGGAACCGCCAGCGGUGCCGAGACUACAUCGACUGCCGCUGCUCAAACCACCACAUCUGCUGCUGCCGUAACUACAACAACGACUGCUGCUCCGGUCACCAGCACCACCGUCGCCGUUGUCACUACCACAUCUCCCGCUGCCGACCCGACCACAUCCGCCAAUGCGCCUGCAUCAAGCACAACACCGGGAGCCACGGCUGCUCCUACAACCCUGAAGACUAGCACCACAUCUGCUGGCAGCAACAACGACGAGACCACCAGCGCAAGUGCCGCUUCCUCCACCCACUCCACUACCGCCGAGCCCGUUACCUCCACCAUCAAGACCGUCAUCACCACCACCAACUCCGCUGGUGUCGCAACUUCCUUCACCUCUGAGGCCACCGUCACAAGCACGCCCGGUCUUAAUGAGGCAAACUCUGGAGACUCAUCUUCUGGCAUGUCGUCCGAGACUCGCAAGACUGUCAUUGGUGUCGUUGUUGGUGUCGGCGGUGCCAUUGUCCUCGGUGCCCUGGGCUUCGUUGCCUGGAGAAUUUGGGGCAAGAAGAAGCAGGCUGAGGAGAACGAUGGCCUUAUGGAGUACAACAACCAGUACGGCAACGAGCCCAAGAACGAGAUCGGUAGCGCCCAGGGAUCUGGCUCCGGCCGUACCCCCUUCCAGUCGACUCUCGAAAGCUACCACGCGCCUAACCAACAAGUCAAUGCAUCGUCCAACUUUUAAAUAUGUUUGUUGUUGCGACUUCCAAUGAUUGUUUCUUGCGGCAGAAAGCGUUGAUUCCCCAGUCCUUUCCACACGGAUACCACACUCCUUGAUUUCUCUUUUUACUCAUUUGUUACGGCUGGCCUUUCCACCAGUCAUGUGGAGUUUAGGGCCGCCAGAUCAUCAUGGCAGGCAUGGUUGCAUAUCGCAAGGUCUUCGGACUAAUGGAUAGAAAUAUGUACAUAGAGGGCUGAAAAUUACUCUUCUUUGUCGGCUGGGCUUAGGAUGAUCACUUCACUGGACUAGCGUGGGCUUCAAACGAGUCGCGCAUCAGGACAGGGCAUCGAUACCAGCAAAGACGCACGGCAGAGACCGCAACAAGCAAGUCUGAUAGGCAGCCUUCUAGGCCCGUCGGCUUGUACGUACGUUAAGAUACAACUUUAAUAUCAGGACCACCAACUCUUAAACAAUUCAAACAUUGAAAGGCAAAGAAGAAGCACAUACCAC